AGUGUACACAAACCCAACAGUCCAACACACACCCAUCCUCAUUCCUCACCUCUUCCUUUUUCUCUCUCCUCAACUUCGAACUUUCCCUCAAUUCCCCAGAUUUCAUUUCCCACGAUUCUCUCUCCUCUUUCUUUCAAACAUCUAUCAAAAAUGGCGUCCAAGUUUCGAAACGUCCAUCCAUUUCAAACUUCUUCUCUAAUCACACUUUUCUUCUUCUUUUACUUCCUUCUUUUCACUUCUCUAACAAAUGUUUGUUACUCUUCUUCUUCUUCUUCAUAGUAUUACUACUACUAAUAUUAGUGCCUUGUUUGGUUUAGUUUGCUUUACUUGCAAGCUUUUUUUUAAUACUCCUCACGAUCUCUUUCUCAGAUCCAAACACACCCUUCACUCUCAUCUUUUUGUUCUCUUCGUUUGAUUUAUGUCGGCCAUGAAAAGAUUUUCUCUGAGCUUCGAAUUGGCAAGUAAGCUUUUGAUAUGUCUGCUGGUAUCAUGUUCAACAGCAUUCCCCAUCAAUGCGGAAUCUCCUUUCACUACUCCCAUCCUUGUUACUAAUGCCAACCCACUUCUUGUUGGCCUGAAGGGUAGACACUUGACACCAUUAUCAAGGCGGUAUCUUGCAUCAGCACCUGUUCAGGUUCCAUAUGCACCACCACUAACAAAUAGUCAUCCUCCUGUUGGUUCUAGUUCAUCUGAAUUGGCGAAGAAGAGUGGCGAAUCAGCACCACCAGUUGAAGGCCGUAGGUUGCCUCUUUUGGCUGAAGCAGCCCCUCCACAGUCUAGAAUACCCGUGCCACUUGUUACUCCAGAAGUUUCAAACUGCUGUGGACCUGAUAUGGUACAGAAACGAGAGACCCCGAGCUGCCAUUGUGUUUAUCCAAUUAAGGUUGAUCUUCUGCUUUUGAAUGUGUCAGAAAAUCCAAAUUGGAGUCUUUUCCUUGACGAAUUAUCUUCAAGGCUGGGCCUCCGAGCUCCUCAGAUGCAAAUGAAUAACUUCUAUUGGGUUACCUUGACAAGCUUAAAUAUUUCAUUGGACGUUACUCCACAUACUGGGAUAAGUUUCUCGGCUGAUGCUGCAUCUGCUAUGAACUCCUCGCUCUUGUUGCAUAAAGUUUCCAUUCCUAAAUUAGCAGGUGUGGGUGAUUACAAGCUUCUUAAUGUGACCUGGUAUCAGCCUCCUGCUCCAUCACCAGCGCCUUUAUCUGCUGCUUCACCAAUGAAAGCACCUUCUCAUCAGGCUUCGUCUUCAACAACAUCAGUUCCUACUAAUAAAGGGAAGAACUCAAGCUUGGUUAUUGUUCUCGGAAUAGGGGCUGGCUUUCUUAUCAUUGCCAUUAUUUUUGUGCUAGUUAUAUGUUCUUGCUCGUCUCGCCAAAAGCCUAAACCAUCUUUUAAAGAUCCAGAGAAUUCUGCAUCAAGGCCACGGACUUCAGAUGCAGCCCCUACCGGAGGAUCUCUUCCACACCCUAGCAGUACAAGAUUUCUGUCAUAUGAAGAACUGAAGAAGGCAACAAAUAACUUUGAAAAAUCUAGCAUACUUGGGGAGGGUGGGUUUGGCAAAGUUUUUAAAGGUGUUCUGAGUGACGGCACAGCUGUUGCAAUCAAGAGGCUUACAAAUGGUGGGCCUCAAGGUGAUAAGGAAUUCCUGGUUGAGGUUGAGAUGCUUAGCAGGUUGCAUCACCGUAACCUUGUCAAACUUGUGGGCUACUUUAGCAGCCGUGAAUUUUCCCAAAAUCUGCUUUGUUAUGAGCUUGUCCCGAACGGAAGUCUGGAGGCAUGGCUACAUGGUCCUUUGGGCGUUAAUUGUCCAUUAGAUUGGGACACGAGAAUGAAGAUUGCACUGGAUGCUGCUAGAGGACUUGCAUACUUGCAUGAAGACUCACAACCAUGUGUCAUCCACCGAGACUUCAAGGCAUCAAAUAUAUUACUUGAGAACAACUUCAACGCUAAGGUUGCUGAUUUUGGCCUUGCCAAACAGGCGCCUGAAGGCAGGCAAACUUAUCUGUCUACUCGAGUUAUGGGAACAUUUGGGUAUGUAGCUCCUGAAUAUGCCAUGACUGGUCAUUUACUUGUUAAAAGUGAUGUCUAUAGCUAUGGGGUUGUCUUGUUGGAGUUGCUGACUGGAAAAAAACCUGUUGAUAUGUCACAGUCAGCUGGCAAGGAGAACCUUGUUACCUGGGCAAGGCCAAUUUUGAGAGAUAAGGAUCGCUUGGAAGAGCUUGUGGAUUCGAAGCUUCAGGGCAAUUACCCCAAAGAAGAUUUUUUACGAGUUUGCACGAUUGCAGCUGCUUGUGUUGCACCCGAGGCGAAUCAACGGCCCACAAUGGGCGAGGUGGUGCAGUCUCUUAAAAUGGUACAACGGGUUACCGAGUAUCAAGAUGCUGCCAUGGGUUCUGCUAACAUACGGCCAAAUAUUAGACAGUCCUCAACCACCUUUGAAUCUGAUGGGACCUCCUCAAUAUUCUCAUCUGGCCCUUACUCUGGUUUGAGUACCUUUGAUGAAAACAUUUCUCGAAAUGCAGUUUUCUCUGAGGAUCUUCAUGAAGGCAGGUGAAAGAGUUGGUAGUUAGUAGUCCAUUCCCUUCAUUCUUGAGUGUGAAAUUGAAGAAAUGGCUCAUGUUAGUCACCUGGGCGGGGUUCAAAGCUUCCGAGGAUGAAAUCACUAAUUGGUGAGGUUUGUUUAGCUGGAGAUCAAUGCCCUCAUCUACAAUAGAGAACCAUUGUGAUAUUUCUGAUGAAGUGAUGAGGGCUUUUGGUGUUGCUGCAUCACUGUGAAAUGAUGUAUAUAUAUGCUUACCCUUCGAUUUAGUUCGACAUGAAUUUCUGGGUUAAGGGCAUUCCUUCCUUUUUUCUUCACCUGAUUCAUCCUCUUAUCUCUUGUCUGGGAUCAUCUUUUUACCCUGUUUGUUAAAAUAUAAAAUCCUUGUACAUCUACCUUCUCUUGUCAGAAUUCAUCAAUUAUAAAGUCAAAUGUGCAGGCUUCUAUUU